GGUCAGCCUGUGUCCGCGAUGAACGCCUCGUGCUUCCUGCCCUCGUCUCAGCCCGGGCAGCCUAACGGCUCGGAGUGCCUGGACGCCCCCUCCUCCGGCAACCAGAGCAGGUACUGCGAGCAGGUGUUCAUCCAGCCCGGGGUGUUCCUGGCGCUGGGCAGCGUCAGCCUGCUGGAGAACAUCCUGGUGAUCCUGGCGGUGGCCCGCAACAGCAACCUGCACUCGCCCAUGUACUUCUUCCUCUGCAGCCUGGCCGCGGCCGACAUGCUGGUGAGCGUGUCCAACGCCCUGGAGACCGUCAUGAUCGCCGUGGUCAACAGCGGCUCGCUGGCCCUGGAGGACCGCUUCCUGCAGCACAUGGACAACAUCUUCGACUCGAUGAUCUGCAUCUCGCUGGUGGCCUCCAUCUGCAACCUCCUGGCCAUCGCGGUGGACCGGUACGUCACCAUCUUCUACGCGCUGCGCUACCACAGCAUCGUGACGGUGCGCCGGGCGCGCGCCCUGAUCGUGGCCGUCUGGCUGUGCUGCGGCGUCUGCGGCGUCGUGUUCAUCGUCUACUCGGAGAGCAAGAUGGUCAUCGUGUGCCUCGUCACCCUGUUCUUCGCCAUGCUGCUGCUCAUGGGCACCCUCUACGUGCACAUGUGCCUCUUCGCGCGGCUGCACGUGCGGCGCAUCGCCGCGCUGCCCCCCGCCGUCGGGGCGGCCCCGCCGCAGCGCUCGAGCCUCAAGGGCGCCGUCACCAUCACCAUCCUGCUGGGCGUCUUCGUCAUCUGCUGGACCCCCUUCUUCCUCCACCUCGUGCUCAUCAUCACCUGCCCCACCAACCCCUCCUGCGUCUGCUACGCCGCGCACUUCAACACCUACCUGGUGCUUAUCAUGUGCAACUCCGUCAUCGACCCGCUCAUCUACUCCUUCCGCAGCCCCGAGCUGAGGAGCACCUUCCGCGAGAUCCUGUGCGGCUGCCCCAGCGUGAGCCUGGGCUAGGACGCGGGCCGGAGGCCAGUCCCUCCGGCCACUGCUGACCCUCCAGCCAGCUAAGGUUUUUAGAGAGAAGAGGGGCGGGAUCGAAGACGCCAGAAUGUGUGAACA